GUUUAUGGCUGCUGACGGAUCAUGAUUUGAAGUGGGUAGAAGCUAAAUGUGUUAUUUUUGUGAUGAGUGUUCGUGUUAUUUUUGAGAAUGCCCAUCCAGGCGCCGCAAUGGACGGACUACCUGAAUUGUCCAGUAUGCUGCCGCGAAUUUGGCGCCCCGCCACGAAGCCCGAUCAGUCUAGGCUGUGGCCACACACUCUGUGGGCAUUGUCUUAAACAUUUGCAUAGGAAACAAUGCCCUUUUGAUCAGACAGUCAUUCAAGCAGAGCCUGAAGAAUUAGUAGUGAAUACGGCGCUACUACAGCUAGCGGGGUACACCCCGCCUGCACAGCCCUACCACCCGCCCUGCAUACAAGCCCUGCCAGAACAUGACCGCCAAGCGUAUGACGUCAUCGUGCGGUGCCUCGAACAUCUCGCUAUCUACCUUAAACUUUGUGCGAGCAGUACGGCAGGCAACCGCUUGUCGAGGCCGAUGCAGCGUAAAUUGGUAACUCUGCUGCAAUGCGCCAUCACUGACGAGGAGGGCAGAGGGCGGGCGGCGCGCUCGGCGAGGUCCCUCGGAGAGAGGACUGUCACUGAGCUUAUUCUUCAGCAUCAGAAUCCUCAGCAGCUAAGUGCGAACUUAUGGGCGGCGGUCCGUGCGCGUGGUUGUCAGUUUUUAGGACCUGCAAUGCAAGAGGAAGUCUUAAAACUUGUGCUUCUAGCUCUAGAAGAUGGUUCCGCCCUUUCCAGAAAGGUGCUAGUGAUGUUUGUUGUCCAAAGAUUAGAGCCUCACUUCCCGCAGGCUUCCAAAACUAGUAUAGGCCACGUUGUCCAGCUUCUGUAUAGAGCUUCUUGUUUUAAGGUUUCCAAACGCGAGUGUGAUUCAUCGUUAAUGCAAUUAAAGGAGGAAUUCCGGACAUAUGAAUCCCUACGGCGCGAACACGAUGCGCAAAUAGUACAAAUAGCCACCGAAGCCGGCCUAAGAAUAGCUCCAGACCAGUGGAGCGCAUUAUUGUAUGGGGACACAGCCCACAAAAGUCAUAUGCAAAGUAUAAUAGACAAACUACAAACACCUCAGUCAUUUGCACAGUCCGUUCAAGAGCUGUUCAUAGCAUUGCAGAGGACAUGGGAUCCGGCACAGCUGAUUGUCAUGAGUAUGCACCUCGAUCGACUUGCGAACAUAGACGCUAGUCCAGAUGCAAAAUGCCCAACAUGGCAACAGUUGGCCGAGGUGAUAACGUCAAUCAAAGAGGUUGUCUCUGGGCUGAUCCAUUACCUACAGCAGCAAGCCACUUGCCGUGACUCAAACCAUAACCAGAAGCACAACCUUCAAGAUAGGUGCUGUGAACCAUCUACUAGCCAACCGUCUCCGCAGAUAGCAACCACGCCAACUCAUAAGUACAAGACGUCUAUGUGUCGAGAUGCUGUUACUAGGUCCUAUUGUCCAAGAGGCAACGCUUGCACGUUCGCGCAUUUCGAGGAAGAGCUGGAAAGGUACAGGGGCGCCGCAAACACGAAUCCGACGUUAACAAACGGCAAUUAUACGUACCUGCCACCAAUCCCGUCUAUGCCGUUGCCGCAAUUGCCUCAGCCCAUACCGCUCCCGCAAAUGUACCAGAGGUUCUCUAUGCCGCCGCCGCAAGCGCACCCGCAUAUAGACAACUAUAACGUUCCACAAAUUCAGCCAACGUUGCAACCUCAAGAAAUUCUUCCAAAUGCAGAAUUCACACAUCAAGCUGAAAACACGCGCACCGAAUGCAUUCCCCCAACGAAUUUUGCAUCUGCUAUAAUGCACAGCCAGCCUCCGAUGGGUAUAAAUCAAAAUGGCAUCAUAAUGCCGAUACCAGAACGUCCCUAUUACGGUCGCUUCAGCAACAUGGUGCCGCUACACGAUGACACCACAAACAACCUUCAGUUCCCUCGGCCCGAAUUUGUGAGCCCAGUAUACCAGGGUCCAACCAAUACUGGCCCAAUAACAGGUUACCCAAAUCAAGAACAGAAUAUACAACAGCCAAUGCCAAAUAUGUUUGUGCCAGCGCAGCACGAAGCGCCGAGGAAUAUUAGCCCCUACACUUUCGAUGAUCCGAUUCCAACAGAACUCUUGCCAGACUAUCGGGUCAAGGCGCCGGGAUUUGCUUCUGUACCUAGGGAGCUUCGUAUGGAGUCCUGGUCAACUACAAAUAGCAUGCCUGUUUUCAACUUUGAAGGAAUUAGAAAUGCCCUGCCCCACAUUCCCCAAACUACGGAAGAUAUAUUCUCAGUGCAGAAUGACCGCCGGGCGGUUGGCGCGGACAGACUCGCGGUCAACACUGAUCUCACCAACAGGGCUGAUGAUCGGGAACUAGAAGAGGAACUGCAGGCUUUGGAACGACGUAUAGACACGGAGUUCAAAAGCACAGAUUAAACUAGUGAGGUACCCUUUAUUAAUAAACAUCACAAGCGAAACGACAUGCAGUUUUGGGUAACUUCGAGAUCCACCCAAUGUAUAUUCUACCACGGAAGACAAUCCUCAACGCAUGUUCGUAUUAAGUACCUUUGGGUUUAGGUAAGGAAAUAUCAGCUAGGUGAUUCGCUAACUCAGUGUCUAACACUAAAAUAUGAUAGCCACCGAGGUUGAUUGGUUCUACAUUGCUGCUUCACUGAGUGAUAUUAAAAUAUUUUUUGUAGAAAUCGUUCAAUGGAUUAAAAAAUGAGUUCAGUGGUUAUUAUCAUUCAGUCUUAGACACUGGGUUAGCGAAUCACCCCGUUGAAGCUUUUAGUGUAUAGAAAAUUUAUUUAUUGUUGCAAUUAUCAUUAUUUAUUAUUGUGUUUUAAAAUGAGUGGGAUGUCCUCGGAUAUUCGAUAUAUAGACUUCCCAUUUAGCUUUAUUAUAUACUAUACUAGUUACAUUAUGUUUUAUUGUAUUGAUAUAUAAUGCGUAAAAAAUGAGUUAUGCGCCUUUUCAACUUUGUGUCAAAUGUCAUGUCGAAAGUACGAUUUUAGUCCUUAUUUUAAAGGUGAACCGUAAUUUUGACAUGACAGUUGGCCCAUAGAGUUAAAAUGGCGCGUAAGAAGUCAUUUUGUAUGGACUAUACAUCAAAAUUAGCAAGAUGUUUUAAAAUAAAUCAAACAUGUAGCAAAAAUUCGAUUGAUGGCAAAUACAUUUUAUUUCUAGCAUGCCGAAACAACCUAAAGCCUUCUUCUAAGGACUCUUAUGUUAAUAGGUAAAAGUUCGAUAGAUUUCUACUAAAUUAAUUUUAUAGUUAUCGCUUCCAUAAAGUUCUGCCAAAAAUUUUCCGAAUCUUCCGUAUCUACAAACCCGUUAGUUUUUUUUUUUACAAUUGUUAUGCCUUUGUCUUUUAUUGGCUUCUUCUUUAUAUGAAACUAUUCACAUUUAUCUGAAACCGAUUUUGUGUCAAAAUGUUCUGCCACUGGGAAAUCCGAUUAAAAUCCGGGUCCGACAGCCGACCAGUGGGAACGGGCUGUAACGUAGACCUCCUGCUGAUCAGAAUUCUUGAGGUAGGUGUUCCUUAGUGCGUAUGAGCGCUAUGUCACAAAAUACAAACUGAAUUCGUAGCGCCAUACUAACGCCCCGUUUAGUGGACACAGCGUACACCAAGGGACCUCUACUUAUAAAGCGACGCGCUUUGUCAAGUGACAACCGUGUGCGGGUAAAAACGUGAGUAAUUUCUCCGAAAUAAAAGCGUGGCCGUGUGACGUGAACACUAUUGUACGUUCGCGCAAUUUGCACGCUCAGCGUAGCUCACGUCCUAAUCUUAAGAGUAACUAAACAAUAAAAUUGCAUAAUAUAUUCAUUGAUAAAUAAUUAAUACAUUUUUAACUUAAAUAAGUCAAUGUGUUAAAUUAAAUAACGUGUUAAAUAUGGAUAUUAAAUGUCAAAAUUAAUGAGUAAAUAAUAAUUUUAACAUUUCAAUUUUUAUUAACUUAUAAUGUUUAUUGCUACAUGUUGCAGCAUUUUAUAAUUCAUGGUUCUGUACAUACUGUAAUACUCAAACAUAUAAAUCUUCAGUAAAAAAGAUGAAAUGACAUCACAGAUAAUUUUUCUAGAUUUAAAAAAAUACUGGAACUUUGAUUUUACGGAAUAAAAAGUAUCCUAUGUUCUCCAGGAGCUAGCCCAAAUUUAGUCAAUUAAGGACAUAUUGUAUUUUAUUUGUGAAAUUAUUUAUCACAGUCUUCAAUGUCUUGAUGUUGCAAAAGCCUUUGACAGGGUUUGGCAUGGGGCACGUCUAUCGAAACUACCAUCCUAUGGACUACCAAUAAAGCUGUAUAAUUGGGUCGCCAGCUUCCGUGAUGGUGUGUGGUGUCCAUCAAAGUGGACAUUGACGGUUUUGCUCGGAACUCAAGCCGAUCAAUGCCGGCGUCCCACAGGGCUCAGUGUUAUCACCCACACUGUUCUUCCUGCAUAUCAAUGACUUGUUGCAUGACAGCAACAUCCAUUGCUAUGCAUAUACAGUACCGCUGAUGCCCUCUACAAAGUUCAUGCACAGCUUUCUCGUGCAAGGCACAGAAUGCAGAGCCAAACUUGUGUCUGACUUAGAACCGUCCCUAGGUAAAGUGUCAGAAAGGGGUUCACAAAACCUGCAAUUUAGCCCGACUAAAACACAAGCAGCUCAUAAUGCAAGGGAAAAUAAAAGGCAGGCGUAGACCUGGCCGUAGACGAACAUCCUAGCUCAAAAACCUUCGCCAGUGGUUUAACAUGAGUACGAGGUCACUAUUUAGAGCAGCGGUGAACAAGAUCCAGUUAGCCUUAAUGAUUGCCAACCUCCGAUAGGAGACGGCACUAGAAGAAGAAGAAGAAAACACAAGUUUGUGAGUUAACCGUCAAGAAACCCCAGAUCACUUUACCUAACAACCCUACCAAGCACAGGCUCCUGUAUAAACUGUGAAAUCAACUGCCAUCUG